CCGCAGCUGUAGCAAAGGCUGCAGCCCGCGCAGCCAUGGCUGAGCCUGUCCUGAAGAGGCAAAAAACCAUUGGCAGUCAAACCUUUGAUGAAGCACGACAAGGUGUUCUGAAAGACUAUGAUAGAGAAGAAAUGCUUGAUGGAAUCUUUGAUGCUUGGGAUUAUGAUGGCAACGGUGCUUUGACAUUAGAAGAGAUUUUGCCCUUUUACAUGAAGAGCAGCAAGUCCAAUGAUGUUCUGGAGCCCCAGGUCCGUGCGGGAUUCGAAAAGUUUUGCACGUCUCAGGGCUUGCAAGCUACCGAUGGCCUUACCAAAUCAGCUUUCAAGACAUGGCUCAGCAAGUUGACCAAUGAACAACUGGCAUCCCAUUUCGUUCGCGUCAAGGGCUGGACCAGUGAAGCCUACAAGAUGAACUUGAACCUGGCCAUUGUCAAAGAGUACCGUGGGAAGACGAUCAAGGAGAUCUUAGAUUCUCCAGUAGAUGCCCUCAGAGGACUCUCUGACAUCGGUGAGGAAGCCUUGCAGAAGCUUGGCGUGAAAACCGUGCGGGAAGUGGCUGUCUGGCGACCAUUCCUUCUGGCCCGAGCUAUUGUCACCUUGGCUCCAACCGAAAGUAGCGACAAAGAUGCAGAGAGUGACGCUCCAGCAGGUGGCAUUCUCAAAAAGAUGAACAUUCGAAACAUGCUCGACAAGGAGUUUGAGGCCUUGCCACUGAAGCAAGUGCCUGACCUCCCUGUCUCAGCACUGAGCAUUUUGCCGCCUGAGUGUGUGGAGGUGCUUCACACCAUGCGAAUUAGGACCAUAAAGCACCUUGGCCAGCGGAAAUAUUUCCAUUGGGCCAAUUCUAUGCUGGAGCUGGAGCAGUAUGAAGCAUGAGCUGGAAGGCCAUGGAAAGCCAUCAUGCCACACCUCUCUGUAAAGGUUCGCCUUGUCCACCAAGCAGGGUGGCUUUUGAAAAUCCGGAGCCAUUCUGUAGGUGGAAAUUGCGUUAAAUUGGUUGAUUUAAUGUGCUGAAGCUUUCGAUG